CCACAUCACUGCUGCCUGGAAGUGGUUGAUCUAUCCUGGUGCAAACCUUCAAGGAGGCAGCUAGCAGGACGACAUGGACCAGCAACUGAAGAAAAGGGAAAAGACAUGUGACCAGAAAAGCCUGGGUAGAAAAGCCAUCAGUGACAGUAAGCCAAGACCAGCCAAGUCACAGCCACCCCAGCAGGAACCUCCUGACACACCGUGGACCUUAUGUGAUGAGGACGUGUGCUAUGAGACAAGUUUUCAGGUUGUUGAAGGGGAUUCCUUCUCCGACUGUUACAUAGAAUGCAUAAUAAGAGGUGAGUUUUCUGAACCUGUUGGGGAAGGGGACUCACUCCUUAAGUCCUUUGACUGCCUGAAAGAAGGAUCAGAACAAGAGCUUUCUCAACAGGUUCUUACAGCGAGCUCACUCCUUGAAUGUUCCUUGGAGUACAUGAAAAAGGGGGCAAAACAAGAACUCCCUCAACAGAUUGUUGGAGAAAACUCACUUCUUGAGUUUUCUGAGUACCUGACAGGCAAGAAACUUCCUCCUGGAGGAAUACCAAGCGUUGACAUCUCAGAUCCCAAACAGUUCACAGACUGUGCUAGAACGAAGCCAAGUACAAGUAAAGAACAUGAUGCUUCAGAGAAAGUUGUGUGUCUUCAGAGUGGAUGCACAAGAGAGUUCAAGGAUAGAACUUCCAUGAAAAAUCAUUUCCGCGUGCAUAGUCCCCGAGAUCACAUAUGUGCAGAAUGUGGGAAAGCCUUCAAGGAGAGCACAAAACUAAAAAGGCACUUUCUGGUUCAUACUGGAGAGAAGCCGUUUCAGUGCACUUUUGAAGGGUGCGGAAAACGCUUUUCCCUGUCCUUCAAUUUGCGUACCCACGUGCGCACCCACACUGGGGAGAAACCUUUUGUGUGUCCCUUUGAAGGCUGUCACAAAAGGUUUAUUCAGUCAAGUAACAUGAAAGCGCACUUCUUAACUCAUGAAAAGAACAAAAUGAAUCAGUGA